UAAAUUUACCUAGUUCUAGUAACCCUAACCCAGCUGAUAUUUGUAUGCUGUCGUUUCCACCUCGUCCUCUUGCUCUUUCUUGACCAUCGACCGCAAUCAGGCGAUCGGCCAGGAUUGAGGCUACGUCGCGGUCCGGGGUUCGAAUUCCUUUGGAUCCAGAGCUCCAGUUCUUGAAGGAUCUCACUGGACAGUUUGAUUUUGUUAGAACGGUGGCUGGAUCUUAGGGCUGAAGUGUUUGUUGGUUGACCAAUAUGGCAUCCCGACGCCAUGUUCAUUACCAACCUCUUGCUGCAGAUGAGAGAGAUGGUGAUAAUAGUAGUGAAGAAAAGGAUGUAGAUCUUCGAUUUAUUUACACUCCAAAUUCCUACAAGAAGAUUCCGUGGAAGUCAAUUGCCCUUGCACUUUUCCUCCUUGCCCUAGGAUUACUGCUUCUUUUGCUCUCCUUCUUUGUAUUCACAGGUCACAUGGCAGGUGAUCAGUCCCAGGCAUAUGGAUUUUUAUUCCUAGGCAUUCUUUCCUUCCUUCCUGGAUUCUAUGAGACAAGAGUUGCAUAUUAUUCAUGGAGGGGUGCCCAGGGAUACACAUUUGCUUCUAUUCCUGAUUAUUAGGUUUGGGAAGGGGAUGGAGACAUUUAUUAACUAUUGUUGAAGUGAGUUGGAACUGAAUUGUCUGGCAACCACCUCUUCUGUUUUCUUUCUUACCACAUGCUUGUAAUCUUUGGAGCCAAAUGAACAAUUUUGUUUUCAGCUGUCAAUCUCUUCUUGAAAUA